AUGCCUCUGAAGACAAUCUACAUUGCCAGACACGGUUUCCGACUUAAUUGGCAGACAACCAUCUGGAAAUCUCCGACUGGUUUUCCUCGCGAUCCACCACUGGCAGGAUAUGGAGAAGUAGCUCCUCUUGUGCUCUCGGGGUGGUUGAAUACUCAUUUGUCCAAGGAACAAGCAAACGAAUUGGCAGCCUAUAUCGCUGGGCUUCCGGAGGCUGAACGACCGACUGCAAUCUACAGCUCUCAGUACUAUCGGUGUUUGCAAACCGCUAAACCUGUCGCCGCCGCCCUUCAACUGCCACUCUUUGUCGAGCCUGGUAUUCAGGAAUGGUACUCGCCCGUCAAAGCCGGUACCGGAUUACAUCCUCGGCCAGUCACAGUGGAAGAGCUCGUGCCUUACUUUGAGGCGAUUGACCCGUCUUGGUCGCCGACGUUCCUCGUCACGCGCAAAGGCGAGUCGGUACCAGAACUCUAUCGUCGCGGCGAAGAAUUCAUGAAAGCCUUCAUCGCCAGGGUCGAGGCAGAGGGUAUUCACGAACGCGUUUUCCUUUGCUCACAUGCUGCAACGGUCAUCUCGUUAGCACAGGCCCUGCUUGGUGACGAGACUAUUGGUCGAACACUCCGUGUUGGAUGUUGUACGUUGUCCAUCUUUGAUCGAAACCCAAACUCGACUAGUACCGAACUCGUUGGCGGCAACGUGUGGACGGCACGAGGCCAACUCGCCGCAGGAGACUUUUUGCAGAAUGGAAUUCAGCGAGAUUGGGGUAUGGUUGACAUUGAAGUCAAGGACGGGGUAGUCGUAGAGGACGAUGGCGUACCGGGCACCGAGGGCGAAGUGGACAUUAUCUCAGGGCCCCAGCCGUGGAAUCCUCGCCCAAGGAGUGCCUCGAGAAUGUAG